AUGGUGCACGUGGGCAGCGCUCUGGCUAGACCAGGCAGAAAGGAACAGGUAGCUCUCCAAGCCUCGAUAAACACGGAAGAGGAAUGGAGCCAGCUCCUGGAGCGCAAAGGUCUCACCCUGGCAGACGUGUACUCCGAGUGGUGCGGUCCCUGCAUCGCCAUGGUCAGCACCCUGAGGAAAAUCAAAUUGGAGAUCGGUGGUGACACCAUAAACUACGCCAUCGUCAAGAACGACCACAUCGCUGAUCUCGAGAGAUUCCGUGGGAGGAGCGAGCCCGUGUGGAUGUUCAUCCAGGACGGGAAAAUGGUGAACCUGAUGUUCGGGGCGAACUGUCCUAACCUGAGGAAGCUGCUGACGUGGGAGAUUCGGAGGGUGCAGCGGGAAGAGGAACCUGAGAUGAGACUUAACGUGAGCACUCGCACUCCACAAGAGGAGGCCCGAUGGCAGAAGGAGGAGGCCAUCAGGAAAGCGAAAGAGGAUAUGGAGCGUGCCAAAGAGGAGGCCGAAAAGCGCGAGAAGUACGAGGCGUACCUGGCACAAAUGAGUUUCGAGCUCUCGGAGGAGACCGCCCUGGUCUUCUACCCUUGGGUCUUCGUAGACGCCGAGGGCAGGCACCAGGACAAGUACCAGAGCCCUCCGUACAUCGAGCUGACGACCGUUCUCUUCAAGCAGAACUUCGACGUUCUCGAGGAGCAGCGACUCCAGCUCACCGAGGAGAUGAUCGAGAACAUGUUCGUCGAGAGCAACAUCGAGAUCACGAGAGAACUGAUCGCUGGGUUAACCGCUGGCAGGACCAUAGCGAUGAGACUGAGAGGUAGACGACCCCACCCCGAUUGGCCAGUGCCUUAUCCGUUCGAGUGCCCCAAAGGGGCCAAACGAUGCCCCACGAGGGCAAUCAACGACGUCGAGGAGUACCUCGUGCAUCUGAUCACCAGCAAAACACCCCUGCUUCACGAGAGUCCCAUCGUGCACGGCAACCAGGCGUCCUUCAUGGAGAAGUACGUCCACGUCCACGAGCCAGAUCCCGAGGACGAGGAGGACUUCCAUCGAGUCGAUCCCGCGGUUUGGGUUCCUCCUCAGGCGAGGAACAAGGUGCACAUGUACGCGACCCUCUUCACCCGAUACAUGGACAUGGUGCACCCCUACGAGGAGCCAGUGCCCCCGCCGCCAUACUGCGCCUUCAAGUUCCAUUACUCGAGAUUCGACGACGUCCGCGACGCCUGCGCCCUGUUCCCGGACGCCGUCGAGUAUUUCGGCGUUUUCGAGUUCGAUAAACCGCUCCUGGCCAGGCGGAUCGUCUCCUGUCCCGAGGACUUCGAGAAAAAGGUUCGAUACAAGACCGGCGGUGAGAUAUUCGUGGUGAUCAUUCGAAGGAUCAACGAGGACGCUUUCCUGUCCUUCGCGAGCAUCCAUCCCUAUUUCGUCACGGAAGACGACGAAGAGGCCCAGGCGAUGAUCGAGGAGUACUUUCCCGAAGGCGCAGAGGACGCGAUCUUCGAGGGGUUGUACGACGACCAAGAAGACUACGGCGAGGAAGAGGCUGAAGACGAAGGUGAAGAAGAAGAGGAAGAAGAGGAGGAGGAGGGCGCGGUAGACACGUUCACGGGACUGUAUAGCUCCGUGUGAAUUGUGUAUUAUCGUAACAAUCACGAAUGGAUACGGUAUUCUCGUCUACGUAAACAUUUCAAGCAGCGAAUACGGGAUAAACGUUUUUUAACGAAACACGCGGAAUAAUCGCGUAAGCUUUUUCCG